GGUGCGCCCUGAGUGACGUCAGGUGCCGAGGCCGGAGCUGUCCAUCAGCACCAAAGGCCGCGGGCGGGAUCAGGGCAUGGGGCCGCUGCUCUGGGGCAGCCCAAGCCCCUGUUCCUGCUUCUUUCACUUCCCCAGGUCCAGUCCGAGUCUCCGGACGCCGCAGGACUGGAGUGCCAGCCGGUGUUGGAGGUGGAGCGGCGACGCCGCCGCGCAGAGAGAGGUUCCUCCGGCCCAGCAGCCCCCUUCUCCACACGACGGACUUUUCUCAGACCCCAGUCAGCUGGGGCCUCUGGUGCCCCGCAACCCCGAGCCCUCCGGCCCCUGCACAACCUCUUUGGCUCAGAAGCUCAGUUCGUCUCCAGCCCAGGCUGACCUGGGAGAGUGACUCCCUUCUGUUCCCAGCAUUAUGCCGGGCACUGUGGCGACACUGCGGUUUCAGCUGCUGCCCCCUGAGCCAGAUGAUGCCUUCUGGGGUGCACCCUGUGAACAGCCUCUGGAGCGCAGGUACCAGGCACUGCCGGCCCUCGUCUGCAUCAUGUGCUGUCUGUUUGGAGUCGUCUACUGCUUCUUCGGUUACCGCUGCUUCAAGGCAGUGCUCUUCCUCACUGGGUUGCUGUUUGGCUCAGUGGUCAUCUUCCUGCUGUGCUACCGAGAGCGGGUGCUGGAGACGCAGCUGAGUGCCGGGGCGAGUGCAGGCAUUGCGCUGGGCAUUGGGCUGCUCUGCGGGCUGGUGGCCAUGCUGGUGCGCAGUGUGGGCCUCUUCCUUGUGGGGCUACUGCUCGGUCUGCUGCUCGCUGCUGCUUCCCUGCUGGGCUCCGCACCCUACUACCAGCCGGGCUCCGUAUGGGGCCCCCUGGGGCUGCUGCUGGGGGGCGGCCUGCUCUGUGCCCUGCUCACGCUGCGCUGGCCCCGCCCGCUCACCACCCUGGCCACCGCUGUGACUGGUGCUGCGCUCAUCACCACCGCCGCUGACUAUUUCGCUGAGCUGCUACUGCUGGGGCGCUAUGCUGUGGAAAGGCUGCGAGCUGCCCCGGUGCCCCCCCUCUGCUGGCGGAGCUGGGCCCUCCUGGCACUUUGGCCCUUGCUCAGCCUGAUGGGCGUUCUGGUGCAGUGGCGGGUGACGGCCGAGGGGGACUCCCACACGGAAGUGGUCAUCAGCCGGCAGCGACGACGUGUGCAGCUGAUGCGGAUUCGGCAGCAGGAAGAGCACAAGGAGAAGCGACGUAAGAAGAGGCCCCUUCGGGCGCCCUCUAGAGGUCCCCGGGCUCCUCCAAGGUCUGGGCUCCCGGACCCUGCUUAUCGCCGCAGGCCAGUGCCCAUCAAACGCUUCAAUGGAGACGUCCUCUCCCCGAGUUAUAUCCAGAGCUUCCGGGACCGGCAGACAGGGAGCUCACUGAGCUCCUUCAUGGCCUCGCCCACAGACAUGGACUAUGAAUACGGGUCCCGGGGACCACUGACAGCCUGCUCAGGGCCUCCUGUGCGAGUAUAGCAGUACAGCGACUCCUGCCCACCAGGACUCUGGUCACCAGCUCUGUCAGCUUGGGGAGGCCUGCUAGGCCACCACCCAGCCUGCCUAGCCUUGUGGCCUAUGGCUGUUUCUCUCUCCACCUGGAGAAGACUGGUCUGGCUGCUAGAAGGGAGGACCUGUCUCAGGCUAGGCCUGGCCUUACAGAAAGCUCCCUCCCAAGCUCCCAAGGGGCUCCUAAGAGAUGUGGGGUGUGAGCCCCAUUGGGGUGUGCUCAGGGUUAUGAGUGUGUUACCUGUGUGUGUGUGUGUGUGUGUGUGCGCGCGCGCGCAUGGAGAGGUGGGCUUGGAGGGGACACUGGGACCCUUGCCUUAGAUUUCUAAUCAGUAGGGCUUCUGCAAGGUUGGCCCCACCUCCUCUCCCACUGCUGGGGUCCCAUGGGCCCCUCUCCUGCAUGUCUAAGGGGAAGAGGCCUGCCUUCUUCCCUCAUCACUCUGCCUCUCAACCAGACUCAUCUAAGGCUUCUUGUCCUUAUCCAUGGGGCAAACUGCAGCACCCCUCACCCUGGUCCCCUGUCCUUUGCAAAUCCACCUGCCUGAGGGCAAUAGCAGGGGAUAAGAGUGGGGGUGCUCUUCUGGGCUGGGUUGGGGAGGGGAGCUGGGGGAAGGGGACUUAAAUGCACGAUGCAUGUAUGGUGUCUGUCAUGCCACCCUGGACACCUCAUGCUUCUGUCUCCCCCCACCCCACCCUGUUUUACAUCUUUUAUAAAUGUGCCAAACUGUGUGGCUUCUGCCAGGA